AAUCACUGUCCAAAACCCACCACCACAGAUCCAAUCUCAAACAGUCUCUCAAUCUCAUUCUUCAUUUCAUUUCUGAACCCUGAAUCAUCAAUUCAUAAUGGGUUUUCCAGCAUCAGGUGAUCAGAAAUACAAGUUUUUGAUCUAUGGUAAAACAGGAUGGAUAGGUGGAUUACUUGGGAAAAUCUGUGAAUCACAAGGAAUUGAGUAUGUUUAUGGUUCAGGAAGACUUGAAGAUAGGAAUUCAUUAGCAUCUGAUUUGGAGAAUGUGAAACCAACUCAUGUUUUCAAUGCUGCUGGUGUUACUGGUAGACCUAAUGUUGAUUGGUGUGAAUCACAUAAAGUUGAGACUAUCAGAACUAAUGUUGUUGGUACAUUGACAUUAGCUGAUCUCUGUAGAGACAAGGGGUUGGUUUUGAUUAAUUAUGCUACUGGUUGUAUUUUUGAGUAUGAUGACAAGCAUACACUUGGAUCAGGGAUUGGAUUUAAAGAGGAGGAUACUCCUAAUUUCAUUGGAUCUUUCUAUUCCAAGACUAAAGCCAUGGUAGAGGAACUUCUCAAGAACUAUGAGAAUGUUUGCACCCUGCGUGUGAGGAUGCCCAUCUCAUCUGAUCUAAACAACCCCCGUAACUUUAUCACAAAGAUUUCUCGUUACGACAAAGUAGUUGAUAUUCCAAACUCGAUGACAAUUUUGGAUGAACUUCUCCCAAUAUCCAUUGAGAUGGCAAAGAGGAACCUUACAGGUAUCUGGAACUUCACCAACCCAGGAGUGGUGAGCCACAACGAGAUCUUGCAAAUGUACAAGGACUACAUUAACCCUAGCUACACAUGGAAGAACUUCAAUCUGGAAGAGCAAGCAAAGGUGAUUGUUGCCCCAAGGAGUAACAACGAGCUAGAUGCCUCCAAAUUGAAGACGGAAUUCCCCGAACUUAUGUCCAUUAAGGAAUCACUUCUGCACUACGUGUUCAAGCCAAAUCAGAAGACCCCCGUAGCUUGAAACUAGUACGUUUUUGUUCUCUGGAUUUAUCUCAUCUUAAUUUGUUUUCUUCGGUUCAUGCGAUUGGGAUACGAACAAGUAUUUUAUUUUAAUUUGAUGUAAUUUUUAUUGCAACUCAAAUGAGUAAUAAAUUGGUUGAUUAGAUUAUUGUGCUA